AUGUCGGGCAACAGUAAUUUUCGGAGGAUUCGCAGGCGAAGGCGCAGGCUUGCUGCUGGUGCUGGUGGUGCUCCAGUUGUUACUGCUGGUGCUGGUGGUGCUCCAGUUGAUGCUGCUGAUGCUGCUGAUGCUGGUGGUGUUUCAAUUGAUGCUGGUUGUGCUGCUGGUGGUGUUCCAGUUGGUGCUGAUGGUGUUCCAGUUGUUGGUGCUGCUGGUGUUGUUCCAGUUGAUACUAGAGGUGUUCCAAUUGAUGCUGGUGGUGCUGCUGGUGAUGCUCCAGUUGGUGCUGCUGUUGCGGGUGCUGGUGCUGGUGCUGCUGUUGCGGGUGCUGGUGCUGCUGUUGCUGGUGCUGGUGCUACUGUUGCUGGUGCUCGAGUUGGUGGUUGUGGUGCUGCUGGUGAUGGUGCUGCUGGUGCUGGUGAUGGUGCUGCUGGUGCUCCAGUUGCUUUCUGUGUAACUGGAUUUGAACGUUAA